UGAAAUCCACUACUCGCCGAGUAGCGACCGCAAAGUAGCCGCUACUGCUGCAACCGCGAUUGCCUAUGUCUGGGUUGAAGAGGACAAGCAUUACCUGGGCGUCAUCUAAUCUGAGUUCUGCAAAGCGCCCGUAGAGCCGACGACUAUCGUACUCAAAAGCUCUAUCGGUUUCAGGAGUGCGAGAAAUGUCAGCUGACGCGCGGAAAGUGGCCCUGAUUUCUGGCAUCACCGGUCAGGAACGCGUUCUAGGAGCCUGUUGAAUUCCAGCAAGCCCUAAUAUAGAUACGUUGUUGUCUCUGGCCUGACCAUUCGACCGUCGCGCUGUAGGAAACCGGUUGUGUUGUAGGACACGCUUAUCUCCGUAUUUAAAACUGACGAAGGUAUUUCGAGGAGGUUUCAGAUGCCUUCAAAGAGGCAUUCGAUCGAAGAAGCAUGCAAGACUCUCAUGGCCGACUAGGUUUUCAAAUAUCUCGACGUAUAUAGCUGGCGUUAGCAGCGUGGUUACAUAUCUACCAUAUAAGAGAGAUACCUUGGGAGAACAGGACUGCAAAAUCUCAUUGAAAUUAUUCUGGACGAUAUGAUCUGGUCAUCUAAGACGCUGCUAGAUUCUAAGUUUAGCAGACCCUAUCAACACCUUCAAAAAACAGCAAAGUUCGAACUGGUUGUUAAGCUACCUAAGGAUGGCUCAUAUCUGGCAGAAUUUCUUCUGGAGAAGGGCUAUGAAGUUCAUGGUAUUCGAAGACGAUCGAGCUCCUUCAACACUGGCAGGAUUCAUCACCUUUAUGAAAAUCCCCAGAUUCACCAAAAAAGCUCAAUGAAGCUUCACUAUGGCGACCUUCUAGAUAGCCUAAGUUUGAUCAAGUUGAUUCGGGAAAUCCAACCUACAGAAAUCUAUAACCUAGGAGCGCAAUCUCAUGUAAAGGUGUCGUUCGAGUUAUCGGAGUACACCGCAGACGUCGAUGCCAUAGGUACGUUGCGGCUCCUCGAAGCAAUUCGAAUUUGUGAAUUGGACAAAACUGUUCGUUUCUACCAAGCGUCGACGUCAGAGCUCUAUGGCAAGGUUAUGGAAAUCCCACAAAAAGAGACAACACCUUUCUACCCUCGUUCGCCCUAUGGUUGUGCUAAGCUGUAUGCUUACUGGAUUACGGUAAAUUACCGGGAAGCGUAUGGGAUGUUCGCUACGAAUGGGAUUCUGUUUAAUCACGAAAGUCCGAGACGGGGUGAGACAUUCGUCACUCGGAAGAUCUCACGUUCCGUGGCCAAGAUUCAUCUUGGUCAACUGGAGUACUUCGAAUUGGGCAAUCUCGACUCCGAAAGAGACUGGGGACACGCUAGGGAUUAUGUUGAAGCAAUGUGGCUGAUGCUUCAGCGUGACACACCAGAAGAUUUCGUUGUAGCGACAGGUGAAAAACAUUCAGUGCGCGAGUUCGUCGAGAAGGCAUUCGCCCGAACCGGAAGGGCCAUCGGGUGGCGUGGCAAGGGCGUCAAAGAGGAGGGCGUAGAAAAGGGCACGAACAUUGUUCGAGUCAAAGUCAACCCGAAAUAUUACCGGCCUGCUGAAGUGGAUCUUCUAGUCGGCGAUGCAACAAAGGCCAAAACAAAGAUGGGAUGGUCACCGAAAGUAUCGUUCGACCAGCUCGUGAACGAAAUGGUCGACGCAGACCUAGAACUAAUGAAGAAUAAUCCAAUAGCGUAAGAUAAUUAAAAAAAACGAAGA